CACACACAAAGUCAGGUAUCUCCUCUCCGCGCGCACGCGUUUCUCUGUGAUGCUCGCGUGCGUCGGACGCGCGGAUGAUCGCGGCUGAUUGUCAGUGUGUGGAAUAAGACGCUCUUCAUCCUCAUCUUCAUCUUCAUCCUCCUCAUCGCGGCUGUUUCUGGCUGGAGUGACAGAAAGACAUAAAACCUUCCUCCGGAACCUCAGCGCUGCUCUGAAGGCUUUUGGUCAGUGCUUUGUGAUUCUUCAGCGUUUGGAAUGUGACCAAGAGUUUUCAGAAAGGUGAGAUUCUGAGGGGUUUUAUUCUUUCAUUCCUCUGGCCGGAGACAGCUCAGAUGACGAGGGCUUCAUGAACGGUGUGGUCCGGCUCGGAGCGUGUUCUGAGUCUUGGUUCAGGGAUCCAGAUGGAACCAGCGUGAACCUGCGGGCCGCAGCGAGUGUCUCCGGAGGGAAAAUGUUCCACUGAUUUUUGUUCCUGCAACCUCAAACUCCUGAGUCCUCAGGAUCUUCGCCAGGGCUUUCAGAGGUUGUGAGAGCGUUGCAGGAGCGUUGUGAGCUGGCACACUCCGCGGGUGAGUCGUAACAUCAUGCCUGUGCCAAGCGUCCGUGUAGCGUUACCCUCCGUCCGACACUGUCUCCUGCUGCUCACCGCCUGCGCCCUGCUCUCCAGCGCCGAGUCUCCACCAAAGUUCUUGCGAACCCCGAACGAUCAGACGGGCGUUCAGGGCGGCGUCGCCUCCUUCAUCUGCCAGGCUUCGGGCGACCCGCGGCCCAAGAUCGUGUGGAACAAGAAGGGGAAGAGAGUGAGCAACCAGCGUUUUGAGGUCAUAGAGUUCGAUGACGGAUCGGGCUCGGUUCUGAGAAUCCAGCCACUGCGGACGCCGCGUGAUGAAGCCAUUUACGAAUGCGUGGCCUCCAACAGUGUUGGGGAGACGAGCGCCACCACACGACUCACUGUUUUACGUGAGGAUCAGCUGCCCCCAGGUUUCCCCACCAUAGAUAUGGGCCCCCAGCUCAAGGUGGUGGAGCGCACUCGUACCGCCACCAUGCUCUGUGCUGCUAGCGGUAACCCCGACCCAGACAUUUCCUGGUUCAAAGACUUCCUCCCGGUCAACACCAGUAACAACAACGGCCGCAUCAAACAGCUCCGAUCAGAGUCCUUUGGUGGUACGCCAAUAAGAGGAGCGCUGCAAAUCGAACAAAGCGAGGAAUCGGACCAAGGGAAGUACGAAUGUGUUGCGACCAACAACGAUGGCACACGCUAUUCGGCACCUGCCAACCUGUAUGUCAGAGAGCUGCGAGAAGUGAGACGGGUUCCACCCCGGUUUUCCAUUCCCCCGACGGACAAUGAGAUCAUGCCCGGCGGCAGCGUAAACAUCACCUGUGUGGCCGUCGGGUCACCGAUGCCCUACGUUAAAUGGAUGUUGGGGUCGGAGGAUUUGACCCCUGAAGAUGACAUGCCCAUUGGGCGAAACGUGCUGGAACUCACUGACGUCCGGCAGUCAGCCAACUACACGUGUGUCGCCAUGUCAACGCUGGGCGUUAUAGAGGCGGUCGCACAGAUUACGGUCAAAGCUUUACCGAAGCCACCAGGUGUUCCCCAGGUAACGGAACGCACAGCAACAAGCAUCACACUCACAUGGGAUUCUGGGAAUCCCGAACCUGUUUCUUACUACAUCAUCCAGCACAAGCCCAAAAACUCUGAGGACUCUUUUAAAGAGAUCGAUGGAGUCGCCACCACUCGAUACAGUGUGGGCGGGCUAAGCCCUUACUCCGACUACCAGUUCAGAGUAGUCGCAGUGAAUAACAUUGGACGUGGGCCUCCCAGUGAAUCCAUCGAGGCCAAAACAGCGGAGCAAGCGCCAAGUACCGCCCCACGGCAAGUCCGAGGGCGCAUGCUAAGUGCCACGACCGCCAUCAUCCACUGGGAUGAACCCGAGGAGGCAAAUGGGCAGAUUACGGGCUACAGGGUUUACUACACCACCGAUCCCAGCCAGCAUGUCAACCAGUGGGAGAAACAGAUUGUAAGGACUUCCAACUUCCUCACCAUUCCAGGCCUGACACCCAAUAAGACUUACUACAUCAAGGUCCUGGCCUUCACCUCUGUAGGAGAUGGACCGCUCUCUUCUGAUUUGCAGAUCAUAGCCAAAACUGGAGUGCCCUCUCAACCAACGGACUUCAAAGGCGAAGCCAAAUCUGAGACGAGCAUCUUGCUGUCGUGGAACCCGCCGACUCAGACGGGCCAGGACAAUCAAAUCAUCGGAUACGAGCUGCUCUAUAAGAAAGGAGAUGACAAAGAGGAGAAACGAGUAAGCUUUGAGCCCACCACAACCUAUUUACUGAAAGAUCUGAAGCCGUUCACUACCUACACGUUUCAGCUGGCCGCUCGCAGCAAACACGGCAUCGGCGCAUACACCAACGAGAUCUCAGCCGAAACGCCUCAGACACCCCUCAGCUCCACCCCCCAGGAAGUCAAGUGUACUAGUCCCAAUUCUACCAGCAUUCUGGUAAGUUGGAAACCGCCCCCGGUGGAGCUCCAAAACGGAAUCAUGACCAAAUACACCAUCCAGUACGCGGCGACCGAAGGCGACGAUACCUCGUUGAAUCAAGUCUCGGACAUACCGCCAGAAAAGUUCCAUUAUCUGUUGGAAAACUUGGAGAAAUGGACAGAAUACCGUGUGACAGUGAGCGCCCACACUGAAGCGGGAGAAGGCCCGGAGAGUUUACCUCAGCUGAUCCGUACAGAGGAGGAUGUGCCCAGUGGCCCUCCUCGUAAAGUCGAGGUGGAGGCUGUCAACUCUUCGUGUGUUAAAGUGCUGUGGCGGUCGCCGGUGCCGAGCAGGCAGCACGGCCAGAUCCGUGGGUACCAGGUGCACUAUGUCAGGAUGGUUAAUGGGGAACCCGUUGGUCACCCUGUCAUCAAGGACAUGCUGAUCGACGACGCUCAGUGGGAGUAUGAUGAUUCAGCCGAACAUGAAUUAAUCCUGACCGAUCUGCACGCUGAGACCAUGUACUCGGUUACGGUUGCCGCUUACACGACCAAAGGCGACGGAGCACGCAGCAAACCCAAGCUGGUCACCACCACCGGAGCCGUUCCGGAAAAGCCUCGUCUCAUGGUGAGUCCGACGAAUAUGGGCACGGCAUUACUGCAGUGGCACCCACCAACCAACACUUACGGCCCGCUGCAAGGCUACCGGCUGCGGUUCGGCCGCAAGGACGUGGAGCCCCUGACCGUCAUCGAGUUCUCCGAGCGCGAGAACCACUACACCACCAAAGAGAUCCACAAGGGGGCGUCCUACACCUUCCGUCUCUCGGCCCGCAACCGGGUGGGAUUCGGAGAGGAGACGGUGAAGGAGAUCACCACUCCAGAGGACACUCCUGCCGGUUACCCACAAGGCAUCGUAGCCGAAAGUAGCACGACCACCACCAUCCAGGUCAGCUGGCAGCCUGUGGCGUUAGCCGAGCGCAACGGAGCCGUUAUCAAAUACGCCCUUCAGUACAAAGACAUCAACAGCCCUCGUAGCCCCUCAGAACUGUUCAUCACAGCACCCGAGUCCACCGUCACGCUGGACGGCCUUAAAGCAGACACCACGUACGAUAUUAAAAUGUGUGCCUUCACCAGUAAGGGCCCCGGCCCUUACAGUCCUAGCGUCCAGUUCAGAACGCAACCCAUCAACCAAGCAGUGUUUGCAAAAAAUUUUCACGUGAGAGCUGCCAUGAAGACCUCAGUGCUGCUGACGUGGGAGAUUCCCGAGAACUACAACCCCGCGCAGCCGUUUACGAUCCUGUACGAUAACGGCCAGAGCGUGGAGGUGGAUGGGAAGCUGACGCAGAAGCUCAUCACCAACCUUCAGCCGGAGACGCAGUACUCCUUCCUGCUCACCAACCGUGGGAACAGCGCCGGAGGACUGCAGCACCGCGUCUCCACCAUGACAGCGCCGGACAUACUGCGCACCAAACCCUACCUGAUCGGCAAGACCAGUUCAGACGGCACGGUCACGGUCGAGCUGCCCACGGUUCAGACGGCUGAGAAAGUGAAGGGUUACUACAUCGUGGUGGUACCACUGAAGAAACAGCGGCCCGGGAAGUUCAUCAAGCCCUGGGACAGUCCGGACGAGAUGAAUCUGGAGGAGCUGUUGCGAGAAAUCAACCGAACGAGCCGCGCUCUUCGCUUCCGUCGGCAGAUGGAGCCCAAGCCGUACAUCGCGGCGUAUUUCCACGAGCUGCCGACCGAGUUCACGCUGGGAGACGCCAAGAUGUACGGAGACUUCGAGAACAAGCAGCUGCUGAACGGACAGGAGUACGUCUUCUUCGUGCUGGCGGUGCUGGAGAUCUCCGACAACAUGUUGUACGCGGCGAGUCCGUACUCUGAUCCGGUGAUGUUUGCUGAUAUCGACCCGCAGCCCAUAAUCGAUGAAGAGGAGGGUCUGAUCUGGGUGGUGGGGCCCGUGCUGGCCGUCAUCUUCAUCAUCUGCAUCGUCAUCGCCAUCCUGCUGUACAAGAGCAGUCAACCAGACAGGAAAAGGGCAGAGUCAGAGGCCAGGAAAGGCAGUCUGCCCAGCGGUAAAGAAAUGCCCUCCCAUCACCCCACUGACCCCGUGGAGUUACGCCGUCUGAACUUCCAGACUCCCGGUUCAGCCACAUCGGUUUACCCCAGUAACCUCCAUUUGUCAAGGAUGGCCAGUCACCCUCCCAUCCCGGUCAUGGAGCUGGCCGAUCACAUCGAACGCCUGAAAGCAAACGACAACUUGAAGUUUUCUCAGGAAUAUGAGUCGGUCGAUCCCGGUCAGCAGUUCACCUGGGAGCACUCCAACCUGGAGGUCAACAAACCAAAGAACAGAUACGCAAACGUCAUCGCCUACGAUCACUCCAGAGUCCUGCUCUCCGCCAUCGAUGGUAUUCCAGGCAGCGAUUACAUCAACGCUAACUACAUCGACGGCUACCGGAAGCAGAACGCUUACAUCGCCACUCAAGGCGCGCUGCCCGAGACCUUCGGUGAUUUCUGGCGGAUGAUCUGGGAGCAGCGCAGCGCAAACAUCGUCAUGAUGACCAAACUGGAGGAAAGAUCCAGGGUGAAGUGUGACCAGUACUGGCCCAACAGAGGGACGGAGACGUACGGACUCAUUCAGGUCACGCUGCUGGACACGGUGGAGCUGGCCACGUACUGCGUCCGGACGUUUGCACUUUACAAGAACGGCUCCAGCGAGAAGCGAGAGGUGCGGCAGUUCCAGUUCACGGCGUGGCCGGAUCACGGCGUUCCGGAGCAUCCCACGCCCUUCCUGGCCUUCCUGCGCAGAGUCAAGUCCUGCAACCCACCGGACGCCGGACCCAUGGUGGUGCACUGCAGUGCCGGCGUGGGUCGGACCGGCUGCUUCAUCGUCAUCGACGCCAUGCUGGAGCGAAUCAAACACGAGAAGACGGUGGACAUCUACGGUCACGUGACGCUCAUGCGCGCUCAGAGGAACUACAUGGUCCAGACGGAAGACCAGUAUGUCUUCAUUCACGACGCGCUCCAGGAGGCCGUCACCUGCGGCACCACCGAGGUCCCUGCCCGGAACCUGUACGCAUACAUCCAGAAGCUCACGCAGAUCGAGUCCGGAGAGAACGUCACCGGCAUGGAGCUGGAGUUUAAGCGGUUAGCGAACACAAAAGCUCACACCUCACGGUUCAUCAGUGCCAAUCUGCCCUGCAACAAAUUCAAAAACAGACUGGUUAACAUCAUGCCCUACGAGUCCACACGCGUCUGUCUGCAGCCAAUCAGAGGAGUCGAGGGCUCCGACUACAUCAACGCCAGCUUCAUCGACGGAUACAGGCAACAGAAGGCUUACAUCGCCACGCAGGGUCCUUUAGCCGAAACCACAGAAGACUUCUGGAGGAUGCUGUGGGAACACAACUCCACCAUCGUAGUGAUGCUGACCAAACUCAGAGAGAUGGGCAGAGAAAAGUGCCAUCAGUACUGGCCAGCAGAGCGUUCAGCCAGAUAUCAGUACUUUGUGGUGGAUCCAAUGGCCGAAUACAACAUGCCGCAGUACAUCCUGCGAGAGUUUAAAGUGACGGACGCACGGGACGGACAGUCACGGACCGUCAGGCAGUUCCAGUUCACAGACUGGCCAGAACAAGGUGUGCCAAAAUCAGGGGAAGGCUUCAUCGACUUCAUUGGCCAAGUGCAUAAAACAAAAGAGCAGUUUGGUCAGGAUGGACCCAUAUCGGUCCACUGUAGUGCUGGCGUGGGCAGGACGGGCGUCUUCAUCACGCUUAGCAUCGUUCUGGAGCGCAUGCGCUAUGAAGGAGUGGUGGACAUCUUCCAGACGGUCAAGAUGUUGAGAACACAGCGGCCGGCGAUGGUCCAGACUGAAGAUCAGUACCAGUUUUGUUACAGAGCUGGGUUGGAGUAUCUCGGGAGCUUCGACCACUAUGCAACAUAAGAUCUUCGUCACACUGUCAGGGAGACGGAUCGGCCAUCGGACAUCCAGCGGUCAUUUAAUUCUUCUGAGCCAUAAAUACCUGCUUGUGAAAAGAACUUAAACUCUUCGAUUACAUGUUGGAUGUGCAACGUAAACCUAGAAAUACUUACAAACGACAAUAAUGAGACAAAUAUCCAGGUGGACCAAGAAAAAUCACCCUGAUCUGAUUUCAAAAAGUAAAUCAUAAAUAAAUAAUUAGUAACAAUAAUAAUAAUAAUGAUAAUUUCGGACAGGUGAAUCUAGACUGCUGAAGUGCGGAAUAAUCGCUGCUUCGAGGAUUCAUGAAUCAUAAAGGAGUCAACGAACACAGACGCUGCGAGGCGGGGAGCUCGAGACACGGUGUAAAGAGAAUUUGUUUUGUUCCACAGUCAAUACGAGGAGAUACGUCACUGAUGAAGAGAGGAGACUUCAUCACCACCACCACCAUCAUCAUCAUCAUCACCAUCAUCGAAGAAGACUAAACAAACAGACCUUAAGUAAUAACUACAACACGCCGAUCGUUCGAUUAGACGUCCGGAGAAACCACACAAAUAAUGCAUACCAGCUUUUGUUUCACGUUUCGUGGUGUUUUCCUCCCCGUUAUGACAGAAAUCAGCGUAGACUGGCCGUAUUUCUCAUGUUUUUCUUCUGAUGUCCUGUUGUCCGCACCCAUGUGCCCUCCUUCAUUCAUCGUUUGCUGGUGGUUUGUGGCGUUUUGUUUGAAACACACGCUGAAUCAUGGGGUGGGCAGAGUAUAAAGGUUAGAAGAUAUCUCAGUUCUUCCAUGAGCAGAGAGAGAGAGAGAUUAAUAAAUUCUUUAUUUAUAUAACCUCGAAAUGUAUAUUCACAAAAUAUAGAUAUAUAGUUGAUAUAAUAUAUGAAAAUUAUGGUGGGUUAUCCGCUGGAAUGCACAUCAGCAGGACGGACAGACACGCGUCUUUUCUUGUGCAAUAACUAGACGUUUUACGGCCGGAGGGUUCGAUUCGCACCGGUUUAACAAGGGCGGGGUGAUCGUCGUCAUGUUCAUGAGCUCAUGGGUCAAAGGUCAUCGUCGUGCAUCCGUUAGGCCACAGGUACAAAGACGUCCACCUGUUCAUUCUUUUGCAUUUAGAGUGCCUUAUAUUUAUGCCUGUUCUUUUCUACGAUAUUCAUUUAACAACGUGUAUAGUUUAAGUAGUUCAUAUACGAGUAUUUAUCGAUUGAUUUCCCAUGCGUACGGAUUUAUAGUCUAUGAAAUUAUAUAUGCAAAUACGUAAUUCCAUAAUUACCAUUUAAUUUUCUGUGGCCUUAAUUUGGCUCAGAGAAAAAAAAAUGACAAGGGUAUGACAAAGAAAGAAAGCGCACGAUAACUGUCAGGCCCGAUACUGUUAAGUCAUUUCUGUUAUGUUAUUUUAUAUUAGUUCCCCAACGGCACAAGACAAAUUAAUUAUGUCUUUUAAAGACCAAGCUUAAGUGUCAAAUUUCUGUCAUUUUCAGUCAUGAAAAAUGGUGGCAAAGAAACGCCAAAAUAAUUGAAAAGACCCUAAAAAAACCUGUAACGCUCUUGCUGAUAAGCUACAUAGUAUUUUAACGUGUGAAUUUCACGACUAGAAUAUUACAAUUCGACACUUGAACCUCACUGGCUUUGUGGAUGUGCAUUCCAGAUGCUUUUUUUCCCCCUUUCUUGUUUCAAAUAGAGAAAGCAUUUUAUUGUUUUUACUCUUUCUGUUGUUGAUUUCGGAUGUUUUCAUCAUCAUAUGUCGAGCAACAGGCAGCCGUUGCGUAACUGUCAGCGCCACCUAGAGUUCAGAGCUUCAAUGUGCUCCACGUCGGCUUCUCUUUCCCUGUUCUGGAUCUUAUUUGAUAUGCAUGAGUUCAACUGCAUUGGGGGCGAGUAGGAAGAAUUGCACUUUGUAUCUCUUUAUCUCUAUGCACUGCCCUACUGAUUCCGCACCCAUUACGGAUUUUACUUGAACCCGACCGUACGAAUCUCCUUCAGACUUCACUUGGUGUGUAUGUAAAUAACAGAAAAGAGACUACCCAAGUAAUAAGAGAAAAAGAAAAAAAAGAUUAGGAGAAAGGAAAAGCAAAUCGGUUGCGGAAAAAGAGCAUCUUUAGCAGGUGAUUUCGAAGUGUCACUUCUUCCCCGUUGAAAGACUGAAGCGUCACGAGCGCAAACGUACACGUGGUGUUUCUAAGCUCCCUGUUACUCUCACAUCUGGAUGCAUAGACUGAAAUUAAUUCAAUUCAAUUGUAAAGAAAAAAUGGCUUGUUAAAAAAAAGAAUCAUGAAAUUACCUCUGAUUAGUUGUAAAUGUAAACUGUUUUUGAUUUGAUUUGAUUUUUUUUUUUUUUCUGAAUGAAUGGAGUGCUUUUUAUUUUCAUACUUAGAUGACAUUGGUGAAAAGACACAUCUGUACGAGAAGCCGUCCUUCUGUACUUUGCUGACACAAGUUCCAUUUGUUAUAAAUGAAUUCUAUUAAAAAAUGUAAGUGUUAUGCA